GCUAAAGCCUCAAUCAAAGGGACAAAGCUCUAGUUGUUCACUUCUGUGCGUUUCUAACGCUGCCCACAGGUUUUAUCAGAGCCUACUGGAGCAGCCUCUGGGCAGGUAUUUCGCGGCCUGCUUGCUUCAUCGAGAAAGCGAUUCAUCCUUGCUCGAGAUUUGUUUCGGGCAAGAAGUUGUGGGAGGCGGCUACAGAGGAGGAGGAGGCAGCGUUUCGUCAUACAUAUCCAGUUCAGGAGCAAAGCUUAUAACCAGGAGUAGCAGCAGCAUAUGAUCAAUUUGGUCUGAGAAGGAUUUUCCACAUAGAAACAAUAAUCUUGUGGAUACAUAGAGCACCAACAUGACAAAGAAACACAAAAUUAGGAAGUCCAAGCAUCUUCUGGAGAACAAAAAGGAUGUCGAUGAGAAUGUGGAGAACAUUUUACGAAUGAUAGGAGAGGAGAAUGAGCAGGAUGAGAAUGAACAAGAUGAUUCUGGAAAUUCCUUCAAGAAAUCAAAGUUAUCUUCCCUUGUAAAGGGCUUCCAUGAGGACUAUAAAUACCUUCACAAGCACUACAAACAACUAAUCAGCAAAAUAGAAAAUGUUGGGCACAGUUCUUCUGGUUCGGAUUCAUCUGAUUCAGACCAGGAAGGAGACAUAUCAGACAAUGAUAUUACUAUUCAAAAAGUGGCAGUAAAUGAAGAAAAUGGCUGGAAACAUAUGCUUUCUGAAGAUCCUAGUGUGGAGGUAGAAAUUGAGAAGUUGAAACAAAAUACUGAAGAACAAGCAAAGGAAAUAUAUGAUCUGAAGCAGCUAUUAGAGAACACAAUCAAGGAUAAAGAAGCUACAAGAGUAGAAUUAAGUUCAAAGAUUGCAAAUCUGUCAUCUGAAAAUGUAAAUUUAAAAUCGUUGUUUGAAACAGCAGAGAGGGAGGCAGGAGAAUCACUGAAGGGAUUAAAAUCCAUGGAGAAUGAUAUCAAAGCAUUGUCUAGUAAGAAGCAAAUUGUUGAAAAGGAGAGAGAUAACCUGAGUAUGUCAGUUGUAGAUCUGAAGAAGGAGAGGGAGGAUCUGAGCAAUCAGCUGAAAGAUACAGUGAACCAAUGCACUCUCCUGUCAUCCGAACUUGAGAAGGCUUGUCUGGCUGAGAAAGAAGUGCAUACCUUGUUGGCAGAAAACCAGAAGCUGAAGAAUGAUAACCUGAUGCUGUCAGCAGAGUAUGACUACCUGAAAGCACGUCUGCAGAAUUUAGAUAUUGAGUGUUGCCAACUGAAGGCAAGUAUCUCGGAAACCAAAGCUGAAAAUGAAUCCUUGAUCAGAGAAAAACAUAUAGCUGAAAGCAAACUUGGGCAUUUAGGGGUGGAGAUAGAUGGUCUCAAAGUGGAGAAAGAGGAGCUAGUGAAUAAUCUGGACAACGAACGCAGGACUGCAGCAGAAGAAAAGGAGAGAUUAGCAUCAGAACAUUCCAAGUGUUUGGAUGAGUUGGAGAUGGCACGGUCUAGUGUUAAGGAACUGGAGUCAAAAAUAAGUGUUCUGAAUGGUAAUAUUGCAGAGCUACAGAAUGAAAAGAUUUCUGCUGUGUCAGAGAUAGAGCAGUUAGAGGCUUCUUUGAAGAAUCUUGAGAACGAAUUGAAACAACAACUUGAAAAGAUUUCAGAUAUGCAAAAGACUAAUGAAGGCCUGGUGUUGGCAAAUUCCAAUCUUCAUAAUGAGAUUAUUGAAGUACAAGGAGAACAGAAUGAAACUAUUGCUUCUAUUGUUAACCUUGAAAGUAAAUUAGAACAGCAAACCCAACAUAUUUCAAAUCUUCAGGAAGUCAAUAAAGACCUCGAAGCAGCAAAGACUGAUCUGUAUAAUGAGGUUACGACACAUCAAGAGGAGAAAAGUGCAGCACUUGCUCAGUUACAACAGUCAGAGGCUAACCUCAAGGGUCUUCAAAGUGAGUUGGAACAGCUACACAACCAAACCUCGGUUCUCCAACAAGCUAAUGAAGAACUGCAGGAGAAAAACUCUAGCUUGCAUACGCAACUGGAAGAGAGUAGAACUAAUCUGCAGGAGGAUAUCAUUGCUCUACAAGGAGAGAAGGAAGAGGCCCUUAACAUUUUACAGCAGUCAAAUGCUUCAAUCAAGACCCUAGAACGCCAAUUAGAGCAGCAAAGAGAACAAAUUUCGAUUCUUCAGCUUGCCAAUGAAGAUCUGCAAAAGAGUAACUCCAACCUGAAGAUGCAAUUGGAAGAAGCGAAGGUUAGUCACCAUGCUGAAAUUUUAGCUUUACAAGAUGAGAAGAACAAAGUACUUUCAGAGUUGCAGCAGUCCGAGGCUUCUAUCAAGAAUCUUAGAGUUGAGUUAGAGCAAGGAAAAGAUCAAAUCUGUAUCUUGCAUCUAGCUAAUGAAGAUAUGAAAAAUAACAAUGCUAGCUUGGACAAGCAAUUGGAUGAGGUCAGGAGCAGUCUGCAUGCUGAAAUUGCAGAACUACAUGGAGAAAAGGACACAGCUCUAUUGGAGUUACAGACGUCUCAGGCUUCUGUCAGGAACUUUGAGAGUGUGCUAGAAGAGCAGAGUGCGAACAUUUCAACUCUGCAGCAAACUAAUGAUGAGUUACAGAAGAACAUCUGGACCUUGACUGAGCAAUCAGAACAAGCCAAGGCUGAGCUGCAGAAGGAGAUUAAGGCGACACAAGAAGAGAAGGAUACAGCACUAACACAACUAAAGCAGUCAGAGGCUACUACAAAACAUCUUGAGAAUAAGGUGGCACAGCUGAAAGAGGAACUUUCAGUGCAGCUGGAAAACAAUUCCACCUUGGACAAGCAAUUGGAAGAGGCAAUAUUGAAAGUGUCGAACUUACAAGAGAAACUCAGGAAGGCCCAGGAUGAAGCGGCAAGUCAAAUCGAUGACAUGAAUACAAAAACAAAAGAUCUAGAGAAGACAAUCAAUCUAUUGUCUUCUCAAAAGACUAAGGUGGAGGAUGAUCUGAAAAUUAUGAUUGAAUCAUGCACAGAUAACAUGCUAUUUAUGGAAGAAUUUGAAGAUAGAGUUAAACAAAGAAUUACGGAUCAUGAGACAGGACUUGCUGUUCUCCACCAGAGCCUUAGAGCGGUUUUUAGUAGCUGUCAGGGGCUUCAGUAUGCAUAUGAUGAGGUCUCCACAAGGGCAUCCCAGCUCGAGGUACUUAAAGGGAAUCAGAUUGAGCAGAUAGGUCAACUAGAGGAGAAAAACACAGAAAUUUUAGACAAACAUCAACUUUUGGAAGAGGAGAACACAAAGCUACAAAAGCAUGUCCAAAACCUUGAAGUUCAGCUCCAGCUUGCCAAGCAGAAGCUUAAAGUUACUGAGGCAGAAAGUAAAUGCAAAGAAGAUAGCUUUGCAACAGCGGUGGAGACAUCGCAGGAAGAGAUCCGGUAUCUUGAACAACUAGUACAGAAAUUUUCGGGAAGAGUCAGAUUGCUGGAAGAAAUUCUCAUGCAAGUAAAAGAACAUGCCGAGUCAGGGGUCUCCAAAUUGGCUGACAAGUUGGAUGAGCUAGAAUCACUCUUCAGUCAGAAUUUUGUGUGCUUUGUUAACCGUUCAUCUGCAUGUAGUGAAGAGCUUAAGGUCCUGAGAAACAAGUUAUAUGACCAUCUUGAUGAACAGAAGGAACUUGUCAAGGAGAAUGAUGAGCUGGCUGUUAGGUUGAGAGAGAAAGAAAAGAUGAUUUCAGAAAUGGUGAAAAAUGCUGCUGAGGCAGAAGACAAGAUGGCCCAGCUUGAGAAAACAGUGGAAGAGAAAGAAGAAGAGGUAGCAGCUAGAGUGCAGGAGAAAAGAGAAGCCAUCAAGCAGCUGAGUGAUGCAAUUGUUUACCACAAGAACAAUAACGAUGAUCUGGUGCGUUACAUCCGCAGUCACAAUCGCCAAUGCCUCCCGUUCUGUUUGUAAAUUUUAUUAUCGAUAAUUCAAUGUCGGUUAAAGUUGUAAAGGCUUGAUUCUCGCUGCGAAUUUUGGCAGAAAGGAAACUGUUGCCAUUUUUCUCAUGUAUUAUAAAUAGUGCUCAAAUACUCUGUGGGAGUAGCCAAAUAGGUUGGCUUGUGUAUUCUGUCGGCACAAGGGAUUGCUGUAGUGAUUAUUUUUAUCAUUCCACCUUAUCUUA